ACUCCCGCCAUUUCCUUCGCACAUUCAGGACUCAAAAACGAACAUUUUUCAUUGUACAGCCCCACCACCACUAGAAUAUAACUUUGCAUUUUGGCUCCAACGUACUCCCGCUAAUACAAUCAUCCUUCAGCUAGGACAGAUUUAAAAUGAGAUUAGCAGACAGACUACACGCAUCAGCAUUUGUAUAUUCCUUGGUGUUCUUCCACCUUAUAAAGGCAGCUGAAAAUAAAGAAGAGAAAGAGACCCAAAGAAGAUGGAAUCACAAUAAUCUGCACGUGACACUUGAAGUUACAGGGUCCAGACACAAGGCCGAGAACAAUAACGGGGAAGAUGGGUGGACUCUGGACGAAGAAGCCGUCGCCUCCACACCCUCAGACAAAAUAAGUAUCCGGAGCAGUGAGCACUGGUGGCAAAUAACAAGUUCUUAUGAUCCAGCACUAAAUGCAGAGCCUGCACUAUGGGAUGGAGAAAGGCUGCUGGGCAGUGAAUCUUCAAAUAUGUUUGAGGAAUAUCUCCUUAUUCAGGACACUUGGGAAGAGCAUAAAGUUACUUAAUUAGUUAGUUAAUCUCUUUAAUGGCUGUGAAUAAUAAAUAUGAAUUUUUGAUA